ACUAGUCGUGUCGCGGACGUCUUAGUCAAAUCAUCCUCGCAGUUUUUCAAGGUCAAUCGGCAAACUCGCUUCGGUUCCGGCUAGAUUAGGGGUGAUUCGAUUAUCGCCGUGAUAGCAUUCGACCGCCAUGGACUCUACUGAAGAAAUCGAAGAAGGACUACUGCAGACUGUUGCUGUAGCAGACAAUGCGACGAAAAAAUCCUCAAAACGGGAAGAGUUACACAUACUGAAGGCAAAGUUCUUCAAACAACAGGGUGUUCUCUUCGAAACGUUCCACAGCAUCGUACUGCCUCCCAUCAUAUGUGUCACCCUUGCCGACCUUCAUGGAGCUAUCAAAAACGGUUCAUUCGACACUCUGUUGCAGUUGUUGAAAACCUUUAUGCGCUGUAAGAUUCCACAACAAUGCCCAAAGACUCCCGGCUCCAUCUUGACGAAGUUGAAUUAUUUCUCCAGACAGAAUCCAAACAGGGCGGCCAACGAUGAGGAUCAACCCAUGCAACAGAGAAAGCUUGAGGAACUACGGAAGCAGGCAUCAUCUUUUUUGAGGAAGAAAAAGGAAGAUCAGCCAGCUGAGCUGAACGAAUUAAGAACGAAAUUUGUACUAAUUAUCGAAGCAUUCAAACCAUGGAUACAACUGGGUUCAGAAGAUCUGGAAGUGUCUGAUGUUGAACAAUGGCAUGAAGCUGCCAAUAGGUUGAUUGUAAGCCUCCAAAAGCACCUGGAAGAGUGGUGCGCUCGCUCAGACAUAACUCAAGUACAUGAAUUGUUUGAAGAGCUGAACAAAAGAGAUGAUUCGCGAACGAUUGCCGAACCGAAGACGUUGCUUCAAAAUGCGAAAACUCAUGGAGCUCUCGCUAUUAUGCUAAAAAGGAGUGACAUCUUCAGGCCCUUUUUAAAAGUUAUCCUAGAGCAGUUCAACGCUUUUAAUGAGCAAAUUCAACAUGAUUUGGAUAGUCCACUUCACUACGCCGUUCGGAAUUUGGAUGACAGUUUCUUACAGUGGCUACUGAAGCAGCAAUCCCUGGAUAUCAACAUCCGAAACAAACAAAAGAAAACUGUACUGUUCUUUCUUUGUGAACAGUACGAUUCAGUGAGACAAAAGAUUAAAAACCAUGGGAAAAACGAUGACCAAGAUAAGCUAUACGAAACGCUACUAAAAUACCGAAGUUUUAUUAAAAACCUUCUUGAACACGGAGCGAAUAUGAACAUUUGCAGCAGUAAGGCCCUUUUGCCGUACGAGUUAUUGACUGGUCGCAAUUUUGGUGUGACCAGCAUAGGGAAUCAACUGGUCCUUCAGGAGCAGGAAUUUUUCAGAAGAUGUGACCAACUUUGGCAACGGACUGGCAACCAUGUAGUUUUGAAGAGAUUUGGUAAAAGCAAAGAGUUUCCAAUCGAAAAUUUUGGAGAAAUCACGGUUGAAUUACUGGAAAUUUUCUUGCGAUUCAAAGAGGAAGCUUUGUUUAAAGACCAACUUCAUGAAUUGAAACUGAAAGAAGUCGAUGAAAGGAAGGUGAUAAGAUUUUUGUUGCAUCCAGCAGUUGAACAGAAUAUGAGUAAAUCCGUUGAGGAAAUAUUGAAACACUGUGGAAAACAGAUAUUCGCACCAGCAGAGGAUAAAUCAUCGGAACUGAAAUAUCGUGUCGAAUUGAAAGGUCUACUACACAAAGCUUGUGAUAGUGCAAACAAAGAUACACUUGCACGGCUAGUGAACUGUAUGGAUAAAGACAGGAUGCUGAUCAACGAUGAGUGUAUCCUAGUGUACACACUAAACCGAUGUAAAACUCUGUCCGAUGAUAAAACAAAGAGCAACUUGCUAGAAUGUGCUCAAUGGAUGGCUUCUGAUAGAAGGGUAUUCCAGUCCAGAACGGAUUGCUAUGGAAACACAGCUCUGCAUGUAGCGUUGAAAUAUGAAUUCAUAGAUGUGGCCAAGUCGCUCCUUUCAAACUCGAAGUUUGUAUACUUAGGAGUUAGAAACAAUAAAAGUGAGACGCCGAUGACUUAUGCGACUUACGAAUUCUACAAGGCCUAUCUCGACGGAUGUAUCAAAACUGUGCCAGGCUCAGGUCCUAAAGGAGAUGUUUUAAUUGAUUUGGAGGGAAUCAAUCCAUUCGCAAUUAAAAAAUCUAAAGAAAAGAAAGAUGUGAUUUUACCAAAACAUGGUGCAGCGCAUGACAGUGACAGAAGGUCGUUCUCCUCAAUGGACUGUGUCAAGAGCAUCGCAGAUUCUAAGGAUCACAGACAACUUCUGUAUCACCCUGUUAUCUACACUUUUAUCUUAAUUGAAUGGUUCAGAUAUAGCAGCUGGCACAUUGCAAAUCUACUGUUAACUUUUUCAACAUGCAUCACAUUUGGCUACUAUUCAUUGGAUUACAUUUGCAAUGGCCAUUUCUCAUUACUUUUCUACGUUUUCAGUUGGUGUGGUGUUGCUUGCGUAUUCAUAAGAGAAUUACUUCAGUGGGCAGUGUUUGGCAAGCAGUACCUCUGGACCCUUCAGAAUUGGUUGGAUAUUGCAAACAUUCUAGGGAUGAUCCUUGUUCUAACAUUCUUCUGUAGUUCGGUAGUCUCAGCACUUUCCAUAAUCAUUCUUGCUAUACAAUUAAUACAGCUAAUCGGAUCACUGCCUUUCAAUACGAUCUCUACCUAUCGUACCAUGUUCCGAAUGGUGGCUCUCAACGUUAUCAAAAGUUUGGCACUCUUCUGCCCUCUCUUAAUAGCAUUUGCAUAUAGCUUUUAUGUGACAUACAACGACACCAAGUCCUCCAAAAAUUCAACCACUGGAAAUGCAAGCGACAAUUCGCAAUUCAAUAAAUUUGGUUCGGCCUCUACUGCCGGAGUCAAAAUACUGGUCAUGGCCACCGGAGAAUUCGAAGCAGCCGAGAUGAACAUCGACGGAAAAUCAAUGAUCAUCUUCCUGCUCUUCCUCUUCUGCGUACCAAUGGUUAUCCAGAACCUGAUCAACGGUUUGGCCAUAAGUGAUGUUGCCGAAAUACGGAGCCAAUCCGAAUCGAUCAGUCUGAUGGAAAAAGUUCAACUCCUUGCUCAGUUUGAAGCAGGUUUAUCACGUACCACAUACAAACCUGUUCGGAAGGUCCUCGAUCAGUUGCAAAAACUAUCGCCGGUUCAAUUUUUCCGCACCUUUUCAAGUAAAAUUAAGAUAUCCAUUGACGACGGCGCAAAGAUCAUGAUCAAACCUUUACAUUCGAAAUUGAACAAACAUGCUACUCAAUCAUCGGCAGCAUUAAACAAUACAGCGAAGGAAUCGGAAGAAUCGCCCAAAAAUUGCUGGAAAACCCUUCCAAGGAUUCCGGGACUGGAUACUUUUGUGGCAAAACUUAAUGAUUCUAUAGCGGAAGAAUUACUGCUCAUCGGUAAUCAGAAUACAACUAUCAUCAACCAAAGAACCAACCCUAGAAGGUCGACAGUAUAGGAAAAUUGGAGCAAAAUAUGAGCAACCAGCCCUAACUGUUCUAUAGCUUUUACUUGUACAACUAGAUAUUUACACAUGCAGGUAUAAUUUCGAUAGAGGUCUUCGUCAGUCUUAGGGAAACUUGUUAAUUGUAAAAUUUUUGUAGCAUACAUUAAUCAAAAUCAGGAUCAAUAUGCAUUGCAAAAGUUAAAAUUUGGAGAAGGUUGCAUUUAGUGAAGCAAACGUAAAUGCUUGUCAUAGUGUAAUUUAAUGAACACAAUAAACAUCUAUGUGAGAUGUGUUGCAUAGCAAAACAUUUUAUAAACUUAAAAACGUAUUUAGGUUAACUGAGAUUAUAUUUAUUCUACCUCAGGAUGAAGCAUUUGUAAAAUAUUUGAAUUUAAUAAAACGUACUUACGACAAAUUAUCUUUAAUCAAAACAGAAAAUAUAGUUUAUUUCAAAAACCA